CUCUCUCUCUCUCUCUCUCUCUCUCUCUCUCUCUCUCUCUUUCAGGAUUAAUGAAAGGCGUCAAUUCUGCGGAACGAUAGGAUUUGGGCUUAUGCAAGUUUCUUCUUGUGGCUUUUGGUCUGUUGGAAAUAGCAGAAGUUCAGGAUAAAACUUUUCUCUCUGGUGGGGAUUAUGCUCUGUCACGAUGUGGCAGGUCGGCGGGAUCCGUGGCUAUUAUCUGUCCAAACUACAGUCCGUGAGCGCGCGCUUCAUGGCGAGCUCCCGGUGCUAAAUGAAAGCUCGGUAGUAAACUGGAACAACCAGAGACAGGUAGAGCUGUCCAUUUUCUGUCCAGCAUGAACGGAGUGUCAUGUCUAAGUGUUGUCAUGGUUAUCGCCCUGCUUUGGAUGAACCUCUCUGACGGCCAGCUCACAUUGGACCACAAGAAGGUUGUUCCUAGACCCAUGACCCUUGAGCCUCAGAAUUUGGACAGUGACUCUUCUGGCUCAUGGGGCUCUUGGGGUCCAUGGGGUGAAUGCUCUCGCUCUUGUGGUGGUGGCGUUCAGGAGCAAAGCAGGCCAUGCUUACGCACAUACAGCACUCCAUCCACAGUGUAUUCCUCCAGACAGGGUCCUCACACAGGGCAACAGGAUCCAAGUAUUGUCAUAUCAGCAUUAAAACCUUCUGUCCCAGUGCAUCAUGGUACUAACAGGCCUCUUCCUGAAGCUCAGGGGUCACAACAUACCAGUCACGUGGAGACAAGAAAGCAGCAGGGUGAAGCACGGCCUGGAAGACGGCGAGGCAGCAGCACUCGGAUCAGCCCGGGGAUGUACGGUUAUGGGAAGAUGCCGUACGUUGUCUCCUCGCAGAGAGAUUCUGGACAAACUGUGUACAGGGAGCGAAAAUCUCGCUCCCCCUCCAACCACAGAUACAACAGCUACAGACAGCAGCAGAAGAAGUACAGAAAUACUCAGCAAAGUCCCUCUCAAAAUACCCAUCACAGUAUAAGCCAGUCUGCAUCCUGGGUUCCCCUGCACCAGCCCAGCUUGGGUGUCCAGUCCCCGAGGAAACAUCAACCUCCUGGCACACUGAUGUCAAGUUUUAGCCAAGCUUCAGCUCCUGUCAGACCUCAUAACACACACCUACUGCCAGCUUCCUCCUGCUCUGGAGCUGCCAGUCAGUACAAGAUGUGCAACAUGAAUUCUUGUCCUCCUGCCAGCAGGAAUAUCAGAGACAUCCAGUGUUCCACCUAUAACAAUCACCCCUUCAUGGGCCGUCUCUAUGAAUGGGAACCUUUCAACGAAGUUCCUGGAGAUCAGCUCUGUGAGCUCAAUUGCCGUGCGAUCGGAUUCCGGUUCUAUGUCCGCCAGUCGGAAAGAGUCAUCGACGGGACUCCGUGUGGACAGAACGAGUCGGCCAUCUGCGUGGCUGGGACAUGUCAGAGUCCAGGAUGUGAUGAGCUUUUGGGUUCAGGGAAAGUGCUGGAUAAGUGUGGCGUGUGUGGAGGGGACAACACAGCGUGUCGGCUAGUUUCUGGACUGUUCCAGCACAGCCUGUCUAAAGUGGGCUACCACAAGAUCGUAGAAAUCCCACAGGGAGCCACCAAAAUCAAUAUCACUGAGAUGUUCAAGAGCCAAAACUACCUUGCUUUGCGGAGUCGCUCUGGACGUUCCAUCAUUAAUGGAAACUGGGCCAUCGACCGACCUGGAAAGUACGAAGGAGGAGGGACGAUGUUCACUUACAGACGGCCCAACGAGAUCAGCAGCACUGCCGGAGAGUCCUUUUUGGCAGAAGGGCCAACCAGUGAGAUCCUGGAUGUCUAUAUGAUCUACCAGCAGCCCAAUCCUCAAGUGCACUACGAGUACGUCCUUCCUUCUGAGAACUCCGUCAUCACGGCCACUAACACUGAGGAGGGUAACACCGUGACCGGUGGAACGGGACCCGAUCAGUACGGCAGAAGGCCGAAUCAGGAUGGACACGAAGGUACAGGUGGGCACAGGACCCCACCUCACUUACCUGACAACCAGGUACCACCUCGCAGGCACAGAGAACACAACUGGAAACUCACGGGCACGACUGACUGCAGCGUCUCCUGUGGCAGAGGAAUCAGGCAUACUGUGUUCGGCUGUGUUCAUCGAGUCUCUCACGAGCGUGUGUCUGACAGUCACUGUGACAGCGCUACUAAACCCAGCCCACAGGAGGAGCCCUGCAAUGUCCAGCCAUGCCCCGCAUUCUGGGAUAUUGGCGAGUGGUCGGAGUGCAGUAAGACUUGCGGCCUCGGCAUGCAGCACAGACAGAUCCUGUGCCGUCAGUUUUACAUCAACCGCACCCUCACCGUACCAGCCAAGCGCUGCGAGCACCUGGAGCGUCCCGAGAGCAGCAGCACCUGCCAGCUGAAGAUCUGCAGCGAGUGGCAGAUUCGCACGGAGUGGAGCUCUUGCUCCAUGCCCUGCGGUGUAGGUCAGAGAACGCGUGAGGUGCACUGCGUCAGUAACGUGGGAGAUAUUGUACAGGAUGAAGAAUGCAAUAUGAAUCUUCGUCCCCGUGACAUCGAGAACUGUGACAUGGGGCCGUGUGCUAAGAGCUGGUUCUACACAGACUGGGGUGAGCAGUGCUCGGCAGAAUGUGGCAUUGGUGUUCGAAGCCGUAGUGUUGUGUGUCUCUCUAACCUGGUGAGCAGUGUGCCUCUGGAGGGCUGUGGUACGGAGCGCCCCCCUCAGGCUCAGCCAUGUCACAAUGGGCCGUGUGAAAGCCGCACCGAGUGGUUCACUGGGCCCUGGGGUCAGUGCUCAGCGGCGUGUGGAGCAGGCAGCCAGCAGAGGACAGUGGUGUGUAUGCUGAAGUCUGAGGAGAACUAUAUGGUGAUGCCGCUCUAUGAAUGCUCUUCUCUGGAUAAACCUCUCAGCCAACAGAGCUGCACUGUGAAGGCCUGUGGAGCCAAGUGGUACUAUACUGACUGGAGUGCAUGUUCAAAGACAUGUGAAGGGGGAUUUCGUGUGCGGGAAGUGCGCUGUCUCUCUGAUGAUAUGAUGCCGAGUGAAGGAUGUGAAGAACAGCUGAAACCAGAGAACAAAGAGGAGUGCAGCCCAGGACCCUGUGUUCCACAGAUUGAUGAAAAGUGUCAAGACAAAUAUUUUAAUUGCAACGUGGUGGUCCAGGCCCGCCUGUGUGUGUACGAUUACUAUAAGAAGGCAUGCUGUGCUUCGUGUGCGCGAGUGGCACAGAGACAUUCGACACACAGGAGCUACAGAUAGGACGGAUGCCAUGGUGACAUCACCCACGCCAAGUCCUUCGCUGGCAGGCCAUAUAUCAGCAGACGCGGAUUACAGCAAGACGCUCUGCUUUUAGGGCGCAGGUGGAAAGCAAAAGGGCAGCAAUGUGAUGCUCUAAAGAAACAGUCUGGGGGCUUGAAUGCACUUUGUACAACACUUGACUGAGCUGGAGAUCCAGGAAAAGAGCAUCCGUUAAUUUUUCAAUGAUUUAUUUAUAGGUGUAAAGGGAAUGAUUAUAGCGUGCCAAAUACACUUAUCACAUGGUGCUCCGUCAUUAACCCGAGCUGAAGAACCGGACAGAUCCAUAUGGAAUUUCAUAGUGUGUGUGUAUAAUAUUUAAUGUAUAAUUAAAUUAGUUCAUUAACAAUACAGCAAAAGGAAGAGAAUGCGAGGGACUCCAGGACAUGUGGCUCUCGCACAGUAUUUCACAGUCAGAACUGUUUCCACACAUCCAGCGAAGACACUUCACACACCUAAGGUCAAAUUUUUUAUCUAUAUGUUUUCCUGUCAUCCCAGCCUUAGAUUAUAAUGCUUAUACUGUUCUUAAAUAAACAGCUCCAUUCACAUAUGAGCAAGCAUUCUGAAGAACAUCUCAAUACGGAAGGUUCCCACUAGUCUAUGGUGAUUUUAUGGACAAGCAGAAGCUCUGCUUGUUGCUAAAGGAUGAAGCUGCCUCGUCUCAUUGACAAACACAAUGAGUAAAGUGGACAGGAAUUCAAUACGGCAAAGAAAAGACACAAAAUUGUUCUUAUAAUUCUAGAAAUUUCAGUGGUGUCCUCAAAAAUAUUUCUCAAAACACAGGGUCAUACUGCGUUGAAGGAAAUUUGCUUCUUCCGUAUUUAUUGCAGCGGAUUAUUACACUGUUGAAUUCUGGAUUCUGAUUGGUCAGAGGAUGUAAUUAAUUUUUUAUAACAGCUAUGGCAGCAAAUCACAGCUUUAUAUUAAUGUGCUUAUACCAGCAUGUUAUUACGUCUAUAAUAAUUGUGUAAUUGUGAAUAUGGUGAAGUUAACAUUUUAUAGAAGGAGUUUCAUAAGAAUCAGAGCUAAAGAUGUAAAGUGAGCUAAAGGUGUGGGUGUGACAGUUUAUAGCUGUUACAACAUUAUUGAAAACAGGAGCAAACUUGUUUUGCACAAGUUUCGCAUGAUUAAACGUAAUUAUUAGAGGUUAAAAUGUACAACAUGUCUUUCAUGAUUUGAAAUAAUAUAAUUUUCAGGAAAUUGCUGGGCUGUGUGAAGAGGACAUACUGUUAUAGAAAAAUAAUCAACUAAAGGGUGGGAGCAGUGGAUCUGUUACACAACAGUAGAACCUCUUUGUUUUUAAAGACGUACGCUUCUUUGUCUUCUUGACGUUCUACACACCCUGAACACCCUGUUCUAACAAUUUUCUGGAUUCUGCAUUUUAAUUGCAAAAUUAAAGUCCAGAUUUCUUUCAUCUUCUAAAAAUGUAAAGGUUACAAAUUUGUUAAUGGUAUUGAAUGAAGCAGUUUGCUGGCAGUUUGUUGAAAACAGCAUUCUGGAGCUCAGUGUGUGAUUGAGUGUUUGAUAACUACUGUAUGUGUGAAUACAUGUAGACUAACUUAAAGUACAAGAACUGAUCUCAUAAAUAGAUGAAGAAGUAUUGGUAUGAAAACAGUUUGGCUUGCAGGUUUGAGGAAAAAAUACAAAGAUUUAUCUGCUGUAUAAUUCAGCUAAGCAGCCAGAAGUUACUGAACAUUCUGUAUUUGAACAUUUUUGUUUAAAGUCCAAAAUAGUCCAAAAUAUAAAAAUCUAACCAAGUAUGUAUAAGUGAAAAUGUUAGAUUGCAAGAAUCUAGAUCUAAUACAUUAGAACGGUCCAGAAUUUUUAUCACUCUCACCAUAUAUAUGUUUUACAGUUAAUACUAGCUCCCGAAAUGAGUCCUUUAUCUGUGGGAUUAAGUGUAUAUGCCUUUA